GCCCGAGCUGGAAAGCAAGCUUGCCGAUCAAAAGCUUCGCUGUUCGUUCCUGGAAGAUGACAUACAGCAGCGCAACCGAAAACUGUCGCUGGUAGAGGAGGCAGCGAGCCUCUGGAAAGAUCGCCACGACUCACUGCUCGUGAAGCACACGAAGCUGCAGGCCGAGUAUGACAAGCGCUACAAAGAGCUCGAGGCG